AUGUCUCGAUACGGCUGGUCCACGAAUCGGGACCAAAUAUCCCCCUACUCGUCCACCUUGAGCGGCGUGCCCGAUGUCACCGAUGAGGACUUCAGCUACAUCACCACCGAAGACCUCCAGACUUCGCCUCUAGGAGGCUCGGUCCCCACGAGAACAUACGCCCACCAACCCCGAUCCCGCGGCAGCGUCCCCGAAGACGAUGUGCUGCUCAUUAAGAACAAGGGCGUUACCUACCCCGCCCAUUUCCCCGCGUAUGCCAUUGGCGACGGCAAGCUGCGGGUUCGCGACGUCCGAGACCGCGUCGGAGUCAUGCUGGAGCUGUCGGACCGCCGCCUGCGCCGUACCAAGCUCCUCUACAAGGGCCGACAGCUCAAGGAGCCCGCUGCUCCAGUCCGGGACUAUGGAGUCAAGAACAACAGCGAGGUCAUGGUGGUGCUGCCGGACGGUGAAGUUGACGCCGAGAGCAGCGACGACUCGGACGAGGAGAUGGUCGUCGUGGGCGGCGAUGGCGCCAGCGCCGUGGGCAGCACCGGUGGCACCGAUGACGGGAAGAAGCGCCGCGGCAAGAAGAAGGGCCGCAAGUCCAAGAAGCGCAGCAACAACACGAGCCCGCGGGACAGCGCCUCAAAUCUCGGUGUGCCCGGGCAGGACGGCCAGCGACCAUCGUCCCCAAACAACCAGGCUACCGGUCCCCAUGCCAAGCUUGAAGCUAUUGCUGCCAAGUUCAACGCGGACCUGCGCAAGCCCUGCGAGGACUACAUUGCCUCGCCGCCGACGGAUUCCAAGAAGAGGGUUGACGAGCACCGCAAGCUGUCCGAGACGACGAUGCAGCACGUGCUCUUGAAGCUUGACGAGGUUGAGACGGAAGGGGACCCGGAAGCCAGAGCCAAGAGGAAGGCUCUGGUCCAAGACGUGCAGGACGUGCUGAGGCGUCUCGAUGCACGACUGAACAACUAA